AUGUCUGCCCGUCCUAAAAUCUCCCUAAUUGUCGCUGCCCUUCAGCCUUCCAUGGGCAUUGGCGCCAAAGGCAAGCUACCCUGGCGUCUUAGACAGGAAAUGAAGUACUUUAAGGAUGUCACCACCAAGGCCAAGGAAGGUUACGUGAACGCGGUGAUAAUGGGCAGAAAAACGUGGGAUCUGAUUCCUCAGAAGUUCAGACCGCUUCCUGGAAGAGUCAAUGUCAUUUUAUCUCGGUCUAACAAGAACGAGACCGAUUCAGAUGGUGUUCUUCACUAUAACUCAUUUGACAGUGUAAUGCUGCAAUUCGAGGCGGACGCUUACCGCGUCGGUGAGAAGCGUUUGGAUAAGAUAUUUAUCAUUGGCGGAUCCCAAGUAUACAACUCGUUGGUGCUUGAUCCAAGGGUGGACAAUUUACUUGUGACGCAUAUAAACUAUGUGGGAGAGGAGUCUGAGAAGCCUGAAAUGGAUACUUUCUUGGAUUGGGACCUCUCGAAAUGGAAGCAGGCGGAGCACAAAUCCCUUGCGGAAUUUGUCGACAUUGAGGUACCACAGGUGCCCAUUACAGAGGGAUCCUACAGCUACAAUUAUACUAUGUGGGAAAAACUUCAUUAA